CUCCAAGCGGCCGGGAGGGGUGACUGACUCUUCGCAGGAACGAGCCGCGGGGGAGGGCGAGGCUUGAAUGAACCGCAGAACCGGAGAUGCGCGCGGCGGGGGAUGUCUGCGCCUGGAGGGACGAUACCAACACUGGCCCCCUCCCCGCCGCCGGUCCUUUCCAGGGAGGGAGGAGGCGGUUCUCUAGCUUUGCCACCGACGUGCGAAGGGCCUGCGAAUCGCACCCUGAGGGUUUGUGUGCGCGCACCCCCCCCCGCCGGGGAGGGGAGGGCUGUGCUCCGCACACCCCCACCGCGGCCCUUUAAGAGCCGGGUUUCGGAGCGAGCAGCAUGAUCAUCCCAGAACUGAAGGGCCUGCCUGCUUCCUUGCCUGCUGCCUGCGCCCGCCAUGCGCUUCUCUCCUCAAGGCCUCCUCCUCGGACCCUGCGCGCCGCCGGCGCCGCCGCCGCUGCUGCUGCUGCUGCUGGCCCUACGCCUCUGCGCGCCUAUCCAGUGGCUGGGGCUGGCGGCCAGCGGGGGCGGCCUGGCCUGGAACGAGACGCAGCACUGCGGGCAGCUGGACGGGCUGGCGGCGGCGGCGGAGCCCCUCGCGCAGCUGUGCCGGAGGCACCUGGAGCUCAUGCCCAGCGUGGUGCAGGCGGCCAGGCAGACCCAAGGCCUCUGCCGGAAGACCUUCGCCGGCAUGCGCUGGAACUGCUCCUUCGUCGCCGGGCCGCGCUUCGCCCCGCAGCUCUUGAAAGGCACCAGGGAAUCCGCCUUUGUCUACGCUCUGGCGGCAGCAGCCGUCAGCCACGCCAUCGCCCGGGCCUGCGCCUCUGAGCAGCUCCCCAUCUGCUCCUGCGGCUCCGCUCCCUCCGAGGAGGCGCCUGAGCCCAACUCCCAAUGGGGCGGUUGUGGGGACAACCUUCACUUUGGCCUCCAGCUGGGCUCUGCUAUUGCAGAUGGGGCCAUGAAGUCAAGCAAGGCAGGCCCUCAAGUCUCCAGGCAGGUGAACCUCCACAACAAUGAAGCCGGCCGCCAGGUCCUGGUGGACUCCAUGGAGACCAAGUGCAAGUGCCAUGGGGUCUCGGGCUCUUGCUCGGUCCAGACUUGCUGGAAAAGCUUGCCAGAUCUAGCAGAAGUCGCCUGGCAGCUGAAAGCCAACUACCUGGCCGCCACUAAAGUGACUUACCGGCAUGUGGGCAGCAGGAAGCAGUUGGUGCCCAAAGACCUGGACUUCCGACCACUAAAGGUGACCGAGUUGAUCUAUCUCAUCAGUUCCCCUGACUACUGUGUGAAGAAUCCCACGCUGGGCUCCCUGGGGACUCAAGACAGACACUGCAACAAGUCUUCUGCGGGUAGUGACAGCUGCAACCUGUUGUGCUGUGGGCGAGGCUACAACGCCUAUAGGGAGAGCAUGGAGGAGAGAUGCCAAUGCAAAUACUACUGGUGUUGCUAUGUACUGUGCAAGAAGUGCCAGAGGGUGGUGGAAAGAUACAUCUGCAAGUGACUGGAAGGCGGGCCCUGAAGCCAGCUGCAUGCUGGGAAGUUGGGCUGUGGCUGCCGCCAUGCUGGUGCUCCAGAACACAUGCGAGGAAACAUGUGCAGCCAGCCUUCCUUCCAGAGCAAAAGAAAGGGCUGCUUGAAGCUGGCCCAGUUUUUGUCCCAAAUCCCAAGUCUCCAGCUGUGGACACAGCUUGAUUAUUCUCCAGUGAAUGGGAACAUGAGCUCAGGUGGUCACCUAGCAGGACAACUCUGAUGCCUUCUCUAAGCCUGGAGUGAUGGGCUGGGAAGGGAGAGCGAGAGCAAGCCCCCCACGAAAGGAUCACAGACAAGGCCGCUGUGAGCGGAGUCCAAGAGCCCUUUGGUGCCAGGAGUUGGCAGUUUGCCUCUGAAGGCCUAGAACCUCCUACAGCUUCUCUUCCCUCUAGUGCACAACAAACACAUUCGGUGUCUGCCUUCUGCACGGAUGUGCUGUGACGAACGGGGCGGUGGCCUAGUGUAGCUCCAAGCCAGCAGCCUCUUGCGCUUGCACAAGGAGUUGGGCGGGGGCAGGGUGCCAAACAGGAGCGCAGCCCCACCCUGGGCAGCAAGCCCCCACCCCUUGCCCGGCUGCAGUGCUGCAGCAGAACACAAGCACCAGCUCCCAAGGCGAACGAGGGCCAGUGGCCAAGUGGGCCCCACUUUCCAGGUGAGGCUGGGAGGGAGGUAUGCACGCUGCCUGCCAACUUGUGCGGCCAUUUGUAGGAUGAAGAGGCUGAGCAGAAACUGGUCGGUUUGCCAUGACUUUGGGAGGAGAAGCUUGCUUAGAAUACCAGAAGCUCUGAUGCUAGAAAUGUUAGGAGUCCAGACGGGCUCCCUCUACGUCUGCUUCAGACUUGCCUCUUGACCAAUCUGCUACUCAGUGGGCUGUUCAGCCUCUUCAGCCAGCCUCCGAGGAAAUCCAAGGUGGCCUUUGAGGCGGGACUCUAGUGACUGGCUGCUCAUUCAUCUUCCUCUCCUUGCAUGUCCUGGUCCUUUACCUUCUUCUGCCCCUUGGUGCUCAGAACGCCGGUUGCCUCUUUCUUGGAACCUGUUUGCCAGGAUCAUCCGUGCUUGUCCCAGGAUACCAACAUCUUCACCCAACGAAGACUUCUGGCCCCUACAAAACACCACCAAUAUGCAAGCAGGAGUCGUCCAUGCACAAUUUAGGCGGAGCAGGAUGGAAACGUUUGCCUCUUGGUGGUAACCAUCUUAACUUGUAACUGUUUGAUAGUUUGCUUACAGAGCAAGCUCAUGAAAGUGAUUUUUUUUUUUGUUCUGCAAAAUAAAACAUUAAAUGUGAUCCAUUUUGUAUCUUGAGCUGCAUACAACUGCUCAGAGACUUGUGUUUUGGGUGGGAUAUACGGUAAAUGUUUUAGAUAAAUAAUAAAUACAGUUAAGCUCA